AUGCUCUCAAUCGCUGAAGAUCUCACCAGUCACGUCUACGAUAUCUUCGCAAGGAUUGAGACCUUAGACGACUCCAGCUGGCGCGUCUCGAGCUUGGAGUUUCCCCACAUUCUGGUCCAUGCCCUCUCGGUCUGCAAUGGAACCAUGCCCGAUCUCAACUGGUCUGCUUUUGACCCCCUGUUGCAGAAAUGUAGCAUGUUGCACCACAGCAACGUCGACAGGCUCAUCGCGAUGUGGCAGGUGAUCCAUUAUCAGGAGGCCAUGUUUAACUUUACGGCAAAGUCUACUGGCCAGUACGCGACCCUUGCAAACAGCCCAGUCACUGCCGACACGAGCUUCCCCGUCUUUGGGAGCGCGAAGCGAUGGCCGGUUUCCGUGCGCCCACAUCACACUUGA